GAAACACUUAAGUCAGGCCAGACCUGUGGCUCCCAGAACAUAAUCUGCUUCUCUUUCUGUCUGUCCUCCUUCUUUCCUCUCUGGUAUCUUUCAGCUCCAACCAAACAGCCAAGAUGUGCGACCAGACCUUUUUGGCUACCGUAUUUGGUCCGUGUGACUACUGUUACGAUGAACGUCCCCUCCGGGAGGUUUUCCGCAAAUCGGAGAAAUUCAACUAUUGCACGAUGUGUGUCAAUCUGAUGGCAACCGAGGGGCUGCAGGAGAACGAGAGCCUGGCCUCGCUGAAGAACGAGGCCGAGAGCCUCAAGGGCAAGCUGGAGGAGGAGAGAGCCAAGCUGCACGACGUGGAGCUUCAUCAAGUGGCAGAGCGCGUGGAGGCAUUGGGACCGUUUGUGAUGAAGACUCGGAGAACGCUGAAGGGCCAUGGAAAUAAAGUUCUCUGCAUGGAUUGGUGCAAAGAUAAAAGAAGAAUUGUCAGCUCUUCCCAGGAUGGAAAAGUGAUCGUUUGGGAUGCCUUCACAACCAAUAAGGAACAUGCCGUGACGAUGCCUUGUACGUGGGUGAUGGCCUGUGCCUAUGCGCCGUCGGGAUGUGCCAUUGCCUGUGGUGGGCUGGACAAUAAGUGCUCUGUCUAUCCGUUGACAUUUGAAAAAAACGAGAAUAUGGCCGCAAAGAAGAAAUCCGUCGCCAUGCACACAAACUACUUGUCGGCUUGCAGCUUCACAAACUCGGACAUGCAGAUCUUGACUGCUAGCGGAGAUGGCACUUGCGCUCUCUGGGAUGUUGAAAGCGGGCAGCUGCUGCAAAGUUUCCAUGGGCACGGGGCUGACGUCUUGUGUUUGGAUUUGGCGCCGUCAGAAACAGGGAACACUUUUGUCUCAGGGGGGUGUGACAAAAAAGCGAUGGUCUGGGACAUGCGGACUGGCCAGUGCAUCCAGUCGUUUGAAACCCACGAAUCAGAUAUCAACAGUGUCAGGUACUAUCCCAGUGGGGAUGCGUUUUCCUCUGGUUCGGAUGAUGCCACAUGCCGCUUAUAUGACCUCCGUGCCGACAGAGAAGUCGCUAUUUAUUCCAAAGAGAGCAUAAUUUUUGGGGCAUCCAGUGUGGACUUCUCUCUCAGUGGUCGCUUACUAUUUGCGGGUUACAACGACUAUACCAUAAACGUGUGGGAUGUUCUGAAAGGGUCUCGCGUGUCUAUUCUGUUCGGGCACGAGAACCGUGUUAGCACUUUGAGAGUUUCGUGUGAUGGGACCGCUUUCUGCUCAGGAUCGUGGGAUCACACACUAAGAAUCUGGGCAUAAUCUUCAGCACUAUCCCCGAAUAUGCACUAAAAUUGACAUCCUAGGAUACAAAAAGGAAAUCUCCAUUUGCAAAAAAAAAAGAAAAUGAAAAAGAAAAAAGCUGCAACAAAGAAACAACUUGGAACAAUCUGGUAGUCAAAUGACUGAACAAUAUUUUGCCAGGGUUAUCAAACCAUUGCCCAAACACUACUAGUUAGAAAAGGUAAAUACACUUUUAUCCUACAGUGGAAGGGGGAAAAAAAUCUGUGUGUGGUAUAAUAAGCUGUUUUUAAUGCUGGUUUUGAAACGACUUUUUUUUCUUAGAAAAUAGUUUAAUAAUUCUAAAAGCCAGACUUCUGUUCAAAUAACCUGUAAAACAGAAUUUAGUAUUUUAGUGCACAUUAUUGUGUAGUAGUUGCAUGAAUUACAUUUCUUCCACCAGUCAACUUGGAAAUAAUACAAACUCCUUGCCUUUGUCAGGGUUUUUCAGGCUCAUUUGCACACUCCGUAAAGGCAACAAGAGAGAACAAAUGAGUGUUUCCCCCUUCGUGUCCCCCUACCCUGCUCCAUACUUCUGUUAUUACUACUGCAUGCAAUGAGUAGGUGACUUGUGGAACUCACCGCCGCAAGAUUUCAUGAUAGCCACUGCUUUAGAUGAAUUUAAAAGGGGAUGUUGGACAGACUUGUGGGUGGAUAGGUCUGUCACUGUCUGUUAGCCAUGAUGAGAGUGUCUGGGAUCAGAGAAUGUUUCUGCUUCUCAGAUGCUGGGGGGAAGCCAGGCUGCUGUCUGCCUGCCCUGCUUUUGGGCUUCCCUGUAGAAUCUGACAUACCAUUGUUGAAAACAGGAUGCUGAACGAGGUGGGCCAUUGGUCUGACCCAACUUGGUUAUUCAUGGAGCAAGGAGAGAUUUCGACGAUGGCUGCAGACAUCAACAGGCCCUGGGACAGAAGGAACCCUCAGCUCCUUUCAUAAUUGCCUCCCGUUCUCACCUCCCUUCCUUUCUCCCCCUCCUCACUGCUCUUUCACCAGAAAGGCAGUCUUUCAUUUCCCCAUGGGGAAGGACCCACGGAGGAGGAAGCAGAGCCUCAGGUAGGGCUCCUUGUGUGUUCUGCGUCCCUUGCUGUAACCAGGCAUUCCUACCACCAGCCAUACACCGGUGGCGGGAGUGAGGCCUUUGGCUAGUCUGUAGGUAUCAGUAGAUGCUCCAACUGCCCCACUUUUUGACACUGAGCCUGAGAAAUGUGUGUUUAUUUAUUUAUAUUUAUUUGAUUUUAUUUAUACCCUGCCCUCCCCACAGAUGGGCUCAGGGCAGCUAACAACAUUCAAAAAAUACAUUAAAAGUCACAAAAACAUAAAAUCAAUAAUAAUUUUUAAAAAGUCAUUAAAAUAGUCCAGGUGCAGGCUACUUAAACAAAUAUUGGGAGUCCGUAUAUGGGCAUAGCAGAUGGCCGAGGGCAGCCCCAGAAGAAGUGGUGGUCUUAGAUGGAAGAAGGAGGACACCCGCUGGCACUCAGCCGAAGGCCUGGCGGAACAUCUCCGUUUUACAGGCCCUGUGACACUGUAACAGGUCCCCCAGGGCCUGGAUCUCCAGCGGGAGAGCGUUCCACCAGGCUGGGGCCAGGGCAGAAAAAGCUCUGGCCCUGGCUGAGGCCAGAUGGAUGUUCUUCGGGCCGGGGACCACCAGGAGUUGUUUGUCUGCAGAGCGCAACACCCUGCAGGGGACGUAAU